AUGGGUGCAAGUUGUCAGGAUCAAAGAAAAGCUGUUGCCAUUUGCCUUCAAAGAUCCCCAUGUGUUCUUAUUGAAAGGCAUACUCCACAGGAAUGCAUAGAGAAUCCUAAACUAAGUAAGGAUCUUCCUGAGUUAUGCAUGGCUCAAAUGAAGGCAUUUUUAGAUUGCAAACGUGGUAUUGUUGAUAUGACUAAAAGGUUCAGAGGUAAUGGUGCAUUAUCAACAGGGAAAUACGAUGAACAAUACGAGAAAUUAUCCACUGGGAAUUUUAACGCAAGAGAGGAGUACGAAAAAUUGAAGCUUUUGGACAGCGCCAGUAAGAACUAG